AUGUAAUAAAAUUAGUGCGUAUAGACCUCUUCAUUUGAGUUGGCCUUUUAAUUAUAGGAUCUAAUUUAUAGAGAAACAAAGAUAAAAUCUCCUUCUCUUUAAUACAAUUUUUCGACAUCAACAAAAGCUAUCUCCAAUUCAAAGUCAACAAAAUAAAUGAAUUCACAUAGAAGUGUUGGUGAAAUAUAUACAAAUAUUACAUCUCCACCUCCUAAGAAACUUUUAGGAAAGCCUGUUGAAGGAAGAGCAUUGUUAGCUAAUUUAAUGUUUCCAAGUUAAGUUAAAAUGAAAGCUUCAAUUAUUGAAUAAAACAAAGAGAAAAAAGUUUAACCAGUGUCAAAAAAUAUUCAUAUGGCAAGAAGACUUAGUUAAUAUAAUUAAAAUGAAUCUAAACCAACUAGUUAAUUUUAAUUGAUCAAUAAAUUCAAUUUACAAUUGCAAAAGUGUAAUUAUUAUGUUAACAAUGAAAAAUCAGUAAAAUAAAAAACAUUAAGAAAAAGAUAGUUAUCUGUAUUGGAUGAUAUUCUACCUAUAAGUUCUCGAAAUCUAUUCGUAAAUGGAACUCAAAGUCAAUUUUCAAGUCGAGACAAGACACCAAAUAAAAAAUGA